AUGGCCCCUCCUUGCAUACAGUCAUCCCGCUUUGAUCCCAAAAUCUUUGGGCAAUCUAACCCGAACCCAUAUCCAUAUGACACAACACGUGUAACCGAACUGCUGAGGAGCAAGCGCCGCCGCCGCGAUAUCAAGUCAUGUUUCCCGUGUCGGCAUCGGAAAGUCCGCUGUGAUGGGCAUGUUCCUUGCUCGACUUGUGUGCAGAGGGGACAUGCGGAGCUUUGUUGUGCGCCGGGGUCCCCUAAAUUGGGGAUGAGCAGUGGGAAUGAUGGUUUGCCGCGCGCUUCCGAGCCUGGAAUUGGUGAUGAUAUGACUGGAGGCCAAAAUGCGGUCUCCGAUACGCAAGAUAUCAGCUCCAUGAUAAAGCGUCUUGAGAACAUCGAAACGCAGAUAUCUUCUCUGAAAGCAGACUUGCAGCAGAUUCGAUGCGGUAGUACUGAGGGCGGGCCGCAUGUCCCUCCACAAGCCAGCUCUCCAAGAAGGCUAUCAAGACCAGCCAAAUCCCCUGGAAGGCAUUUCGUAGAGGAGACCACAGGAGCAACCAUCUAUCUGGGCAGCCACUCCGACCCCCCGGCCGCAUUGGGUCUCAGUGAUGCCCUUGUGGUAGACCAACUCGUCCCGCGAACGUAUCCUUUCACGAAUUUAUGGAGACCAGAGGCCGGUGCAGGAGAGAUUUGCAAGACUCUUCCUGAGGAUGAGGAUAUCAUUCGAUACUGGCAGGCCUAUCAGACCUGCGUAUACCCUUUUUAUCCUGCACUUGUGACACACGAACAGUUCAAUACUUCGCUAUUUUCUUUUCUUGACCGACGGGCUGCAAUCCAAUUUGAUAGUGAAGGCGACCCAUCUUCGCUCGAUGACACUAGCCCCUCGUGGCUAGCGCUCCUAUUUGCCAUGCUUGCAUGUGGAGUGCAGUUCUCCAAUGAUCCAGUCAAGGAACGGGAUCUGCGAACAAAAGUUUUCGUCUGUUCAUCCUUCCAGUGCCUCCGUAUUUCAAACUUUUUCAACAAUACCGACAUGGAUCAGAUCCAGGCCAUGGCGCUUAUUGGGCAUUGUCUGCGCAAUAAUUUGGACACCAAUAGUGCGUGGAUCCUAAUGGGGUCUACUCUACGUCUUGCUCAAAGCAUUGGACUCCAUGAAGAAACUGUGUCAGCUGGAUCAUAUAUCCCCUCUGUAAAGUUGCAGCGAAAGCGACUAUGGUGGAUGCUCCUAUGGCAAGACACUUUUCUCUCAUUUACAUACGACCGCCCACCGAGCACAACCAAAUCAACCAGCAGCAUACCAUCCGACCCGGACUCAGUAUCUGGCUACUCAUUCGCCGAAUGUAUAUUUGCCGUAUGCCAGGUACUCCUCAAUCGUACCUGCGAAGAAGACUGCGAGACGCUCGCUGCGGUACUGACAUCCAAAAGACGUCUCGAGAACAUUCUCGGCUCCACCGUUCCAUCUCUAGUAGACAAGCGCCGCUGCCGCACUCUGCAGGACCAUCUUGAGCGUCUGGCACUACGUAUUCACGUCUCAUAUGCCAUUUGCCGGCUCUGCCAACUAGCCCUACAGAAAGCCUCUUCGCCCAUGUCCGACGACCCAGAUAUACACACCGAAAUUCUCGCAACAGAAUGCAUUGACCGCGCCACAGACGCGGUUGAAGGCUUUCUAGACAUGCACCGCCUCUCCUCAGCCGUGUGUCGCUCGUGGGCAUUCGUGCACAAUACUGUCAGCUGUGCUAUCACAUUGCGGAGAAUAGCCGCUGAUACCACCGUCACUGGGGAUGCGUAUAGGCCUAACGUAGAUGCCUUGGUUCAGCGGCUGAUAUCAGUCCUGGAGCGUGAGGAGCUCCAAUCUGCGUGGGAGGACAGUGAUACUAAUGUGCGCCAUUUUGGGCCUUAUUCGAGGGCAUUAAAGGCGUUUAGAUGGCCGUCGGCGGAAAAUUUCGUUGCUUCCGGGAUCGGUACGGAUUAG